AUGGUUCUGUGUUGUUUCAGGAAGAGCACCAUAGUGCGUAUGUUGUUCCGGUUUUAUGAGCCCCCGAAUGGAAACAUCUACAUCGCUGGACAGAACAUCAGAGACGAUGCAGUGCUCUUCCACAACACCAUCUUCUACAACCUUCAGUACGGGAACAUCAACGCCACGCCAGAGGAGGUGUACCAGGUGGCACGGCUGGCAGGGAUCCACGAUGCCAUCCUUAGGAUGCCCCACGGAUACGACACUCAGGUCGGCGAGAGGGGACUCAAACUGUCAGGUGGGGAGAAGCAGCGUGUGGACAUAGCCAGGGCCAUACUGAAGAACCCUCCUAUCCUGCUGUAUGAUGAAGCUACGUCCUCACUGGACUCUAUCAUUGAGGAGGUAACCCCCACACAAUACAGAAUCACCUGUUGUCUCUUCUGCAGCUCAAUUUACCAACCAAUCAAUCAGCUCAGUAGAUGUUAGGGGAUAGAGUACACUGUGCCCUGAACUUGGAGAGAAUAGGCCACGUCAUAUUAUACGUUUCUUACUGAAUUACAUUUAGAUGUGUAUUGCUUUCUUAUUGUGAAGCUUUUUAUAAGGGCCUAUGUAAAUAUCAUCAGGAGCACACAGGGGUGUGCAGGAGGGGUGAUGAUGACUGGAGAUAUUUAUGGCUGUUGUUGUGUUGACUUAGUUGUUUUAAUAGCAUUUCUCAGAGAAACCGGGUCCAUAUAUAUCAUGUCUGUCAUAUUGGCAUCGGUGUGCUCCUAGAACAUUCUAGAACUAUUUGUAAUACUUGAUGUUCCUGUGUUGUUUCUAUAGUGUUCUAGAACUAUUUCUAAUACUGAUGUUCCUGUGUUCCAUAAUAAUGGCGCCGUAGGGGAUGGCUGCCAUUUUACGGGCUCCAAACUAGUGAUGCACCGAUAUGACAUUUUUGGCCGAUAUCGAUAAUUU